AUGUUUAAAAAAGUUUCUAUUUUCACAAGAAAUAACAUAUAUAGAAAUUUAAUAAGAUUUCAAUCACACCACCAAACCACUUAUUGUAGGGGUACUUUAACUAGUUUUGGAAUUAAUAAUAAUAAUAAUAAUAAUAAUAAUAAUAAUAAUAAUAAUAAUUUUUCAUUUGAAAAUAAAAAUAAAUUCUAUUCAACUUUAAAUAAUAAUAAUAAUAAUACUACUACUACAACUACAAAUAAAAAAAAUAUCGAUUUAAGUGAGUCAAAUAUUUCAAAUAAUUUAGCAGAGAUUAAAAAACUAGAAAUUCUAUCUAAAGUACCAAAAUCAAUUGAAGAAUUUAAAGAUGAAUUAUUAAAUUGUGACCCAAAAGAGUUAAAUAACAAUCAAAGAUUAUUAUCAAGUAGUUUUUUAUGGAAAUAUCUAGGUAUAACAAAUUCUUCACCAAAUACAUUAGGUAAAAAAGAAUUAAAUAAAAUUUGGACAUUUUUAGAUAUUAAAAAUAUAGAGAAUAAACAAGAGAAAGAAGCAAUUGAAAUUCAACAAUUAAUCAUUUGUUUACAUAGUAGAUAUUUAAUUGAUAAAGUUAUACCAUUAAUGGAUGAUAUUAUAAACAAUAGAGAUAUCAAUACAUUAUCAGAGAAAAUGAUAAUACAAUGUUUUUUAAUAUCACCACAUUUAUCACGUUGGCAAGAUAUGAUCAAAUAUGGUAAAAUGAUUUCACCACAAAUCUUUGAACAAUUAAAUGCUGAACCCUAUUAUUCACAUGAAUUUUUCCCUUAUAAAAAGAUAUAUGAAUUAUUAAAUAAUAAUAAUAACAACAACAUCAACCAAGAUAAUAAUAAUAAUAAUAAUAAUAAUAAUAAUAAUAAACCAUUUAUACAACCAUGGACUCAAUAUAAUGUUCAUUCACUUGGUUUUAAAAAUAAUAAAAUAAUGGGUGAAAAUAUUUCAGAGGAAAUUUUUAAAACUGCUGAAAAGAAUUAUUAUGAUGAAAUGAAUUUAUUAAAAUCAAAAAUUAUGGAUCAAGAUGAAUAUAUUAUUGCAAAUUUAGGGGAAAUUAAAUAUUGUUUAAUGUUUGGAGGAGCUGUUAAAUUAUAUUUACAAAUGGGAGGUCCACCAUUGGUUUGUGGUGGUGUAUUAAAAGAUAACUCAAUUCAAUUGUAUGGUUCUUCUCAUUUUGAGGAUGAAUUCAAUAAUUCUGUAGAAAUUAUAUCCGAAUAUAAUUUAAAUAUUGUUAAAAAUAAUAAUUCAUCCAAUAAUAUAGACGAUGCUAUAUCUUUAAUUGGUACUCAUAAACAAACUGUAUCAAAUUUAAAUACUUCAAAUGGAAAUAAUGAAAAAUAUAUUUAUACAAUGGAUAUAAAAAUUAAUAUAUUAAAAGAAUAA